GGCCACGCCUCCUUCUGAAUUCUGACUGUCCUGUCUAGGAGUGUCCCAACACUUGCCUUGUUAAUGUGGGUCUGGUUGGCUGCUCAAAAACGCUGUCCUGACGGUUCACACACCACCAAGCAGAGGAAGCAAGGAGCUGGGCAGCCCUGUCAUGGCAGGGCUCAGAGUCACUGAGGUGGACUGGCAGCGGCUGAGCAACGGCACUGCACACCACACCCAGGAGUACCCCGGCCCUGAGCUGGUGGUGCGCAGGGGCCAGAGGUUCACCUUCACAUUGGAGCUGAGCAGACCCCUGGAGAGCGAGGAGACCCUCAUCUUCACCGUGGAGACAGGACCCCAGGCUUCUGAGGCCCUCCGCACCAAAGCCGUGUUCCAGACGUCAGAGCUGGAGCGGGGUGACACCUGGAUGGCAGUGAAGGAGGCUCAGACAGAGAACACCACGACCUUCAGCCUUGCCAGCCCUCCAAAUGCCAUCAUUGGCCGUUACCAGCUGAGCGCCAGGGUUUCCUCUCGCCGCAAGCAUAGUGACCGGAAGCUGGGCGAGUUUGUUCUCCUUUUCAACCCAUGGUGCCCAGAGGACGAUGUGUUCCUGGACUCAGAGGAAGAGAGACAAGAGUAUGUGCUCAACGACAGCGGGAUCAUCUUCCGGGGUGUGGAGAAGCGCAUCCGAGCCCAAGGCUGGAACUUCGGGCAGUUUGAGGAGGACAUCCUGAACAUCUGCCUCUCCAUCCUGGACCGAACCCCUAGUUACCAAGACGACCCAGCCACCGACGUGUCCCACCGCCAUGACCCCAUCUACAUCACCAGAGCUGUCAGUGCCAUGGUGAACAGCAACAACGACCGGGGCGUGGUACAAGGCCAGUGGCGGGGCAAGUACGGCGGCGGCACCAGCCCUCUGCACUGGAGCGGCAGCGUGACCAUUCUGCACAAGUGGUUCAAGGGCAGGUUCAAGCCAGUCAAAUACGGCCAGUGCUGGGUCUUCGCUGGAGUCAUGUGCACAGUCCUCAGGUGUUUGGGAAUCGCGACACGGAUUGUGUCCAACUUUAACUCAGCCCAUGACACGGACAGGAACCUGAGUGUGGACAAGUACGUGGACUCCUUCGGGCGAACGCUGGAAGACCUGACGGAAGACAGCACGUGGAAUUUCCAUGUCUGGAAUGAGAGCUGGUUUGCCCGGCCGGACCUGGGCCCCUCUUACAAUGGUUGGCAGGUUCUGGAUGCCACCCCCCAGGAGGAGAGCGAAGGCGUGUUCCGGUGUGGCCCAGCCUCAGUCACCGCCAUCCGCGAGGGCGACGUGCAUCUGGCGCAUGAUGGUCCUUUCGUGUUUGCGGAGGUCAACGCAGACUACAUCACCUGGCUCUGGAAUGAGGAUGAGAGCCGGGAGCGUGUGUACUCAGACACGAAGAAGAUCGGGCGGUGCAUCAGCACCAAGGCGGUGGGCAGCGACUCCCGCGUGGACAUCACCAGCCUCUACAAGUAUCCGGAAGGGUCUCGGAAGGAGAGGCAGGUGUACAGCAAGGCCGUGAAGAAGCUGUUCAGUGUGGAAGCCUCUGCAAGGAGGGCCCGGGUCCGCAGAGGGGGCAGCCGUAGACUCUGGCGUGAUGACCUCCUGGAGCCUGCCACCAAGCCCAGCAUCACUGGCAAGUUCAAGGUGCUGGAGCCACCCGUGCUGGGCCAUGACCUGAAGCUGGCCCUGUGCUUGACCAGCCUCACCUCCCGGGCCCAGCGGGUCCAAGUCAACUUGAGCGGUGCCACCAUCCUUUACACCCGCAGGCCAGUGGCAGAGAUCCUGCACGAAUCCCACACAGUGAAGCUAGGGCCAGAAGAAGAGAAAAAGAUCCCAAUUGCAAUAUCUUAUUCUCAAUACAAGGAAGGCCUGACAGAGGACAAGAAGAUCCUCUUGGCUGCCAUGUGCCUUGUGACCAAAGGAGAGAAGCUCCUGGUGGAGAAAGACAUUACUCUGGAGGACUUCAUUACCAUCAAGGUGCUUGGCCCAGCCGUGGUGGGGGUGGCAGUCACAGUAGAAGUGAUGGUGCUUAACCCUCUCUCGGAGAGAGUGGAAGACUGCACGCUAAUGGUGGAGGGCAGUGGCCUUCUCCGGGGACAGCUCAGCAUCGAUGUGCCCAGCCUGGAGCCCGAAGAGAAGGCCUCGGUCCAAUUCAAGAUCACUCCUUUCAAGAGCGGCCCACGGCAGCUGCAGGUAGACUUCGUCAGCCCCCACUUCCCGGACAUCAAGGGCUUUGUGAUCAUCCACGUGGCCACAGCUAAAUGACAGGCAUGAAGGGCUGAGGAGGGAGGAGAAGGUCCCUAUUCCUCUCCUGUCCACUUCUCUGCUCUUCCCAUAUGGGAGUCAGGAGGCCUGGAUUCCAGUCCCGCUUCAGCUUUUGCCCUACUCUGUGAACUUGGGCAAGUCCCUCCUUUCCUGAGUCGCAGUUUCCUCAUCUGUAAAAUGAGGUGUUAGACUCAGUAACCCUUAAACUUUGGGUCUCCCACCUCCAUCUCAUCACCCUCGCUGCUGGGAGACUGAUGAAUUGCGUGUCACAGUAACCUUGGCCCACCCAGCUGUGCCACCUGCUGCCAGUUCACCAUCACCCUGGCUGAUCCCUGCGCUCACCUUGCUUGUCUCACAACUCUUCAAUGUUCUGACCACAGCCAGAUCAAGAAACUCCUCCUAGCUCUGACAGAGAACCCAAAAGUGUUGGCAGUGACACCUAAACAUUCCUCAACACUUCCAUCCUACACAGAAGAGAGAACCUUGCUUAUGACCAUGGGGUGAGCUAGAGGCAGAUCUGGGGCCCAUGUACAUGCCAUUUACACCCACAAAAUUAUACCCCAAAGUCAUGUUCCUGAAAAGCAUUGGGCUUAAAGUGAUGUGAGAAUUUCCCUCAGUGAAAACACAGGCCUAGCAGCCAGGGGCUGGGGGGAGCGUUACUGCUGCCUGAAAGAAGCUGAAGAUAGAGGAAGGAUCAUCGCGUGUUAAGGGAUGGAGCCCCAAAUCUAAUCUAGCUGUGGUCACAUAUGACCAGCUCAGUACACCAAGUGUUUAUUUACUUCUUAGAAACUAGAGUAGUGUUGACUUUGAAAAAUCUCCCCAGCAGCUUACCCUACACACUAAGACAAGCAGAACAGGAAUUACUAGGUUGAGGACUAGAGAGGACACCACAAGGCCCUGAAGAUGAGUGCAUCAGACAUGGAAAUCGGCUCCGAAAUGCUCUAGAUAGCCAAGGAAUUGUGACUAAGCAUAUAAUUUAAGUAAUCUGAGCAACAACAAAACAGGCGCAUCUGCAGUGAGACACCUCCUGGACAUGAUUUGGGUGAGAACAAUUCAUGCAGUGCGUCUUUGCAAAAAGGUGGUCAGACAAACACAUAAACAGUGUCUGAUGGGUGAUCUUAGUGACCAAAGCCUUAUGAAGACAUCUCUCUGAUGAUUCCAUACAACACGGGGACAGCUUGGAGAAUCUGGAUGAGUGGGUACAUUUAAUGAAUCAGGUCCUCAGUUCCAGGACCCCCCUCCAAACCAUCCAGAGGUUUUGAAUGCUGAUCUAUAGAGUGGCUCAAGAAUCCACCUACAACACUGCUGCUGCUAAGUCGCUUCAGUCGUGUCUGACUCUGUGUGACCCCAUGGAUGGU